AUGUCUUCCGCAGCCAACGCCACCCCGGAGAUCACCACCUCCUCCGAGAGCAGCGCGCCCGCCACUGCUCUCAUCACCGUCACCAUGGUCACCAACCCCUCCACCCUCGAGCGUCUCCCCCAGGAGAUCCUCCUCAAGAUCAACAAGCUCCUCAUCUUCCGCGGCGCCUCCCGCCUCGCCCGCACCUCCAAGUAUCUCCACCGUAUCCUCAACGGGGAGAUCUACAAGCUCGCCGGCAAGCACGACAACUGGUACCCGCUCUUCGUCGCCGCAGCCACCGGCAACAUCGCCACGCUUGAGAAAUGCUUCGAGAACGGCGCCGUGGUCGACACCCACUGGCCCAUGUUCUCGUCCCUGGAGUUUGGUCACGGCCAGCGUCUCUACCUCUCCCUCGGAUGGCGUCCUCUCCGCCAGGCCAUCUCUUCUCGACAGACCGUCGCUGUUGACUGGCUCCUCGAGCAUGGCGCUGAUCCUGACGAGACCCUCAUGGAGGCGGUCUUGAUGCAUCGUCGCGAGGCGCCCCUUGGCUAUGCCUAUCGUUGUGGAUUCGGGCCGGUCCAGAAUUGGAUCACCUGCCGCUCUAUUCUCUUUGCUCUCCUCGAGGCUGGAGGUGACCUCAAUGAGGUUGAGGAGCGUGCGGCUGAUGAGAUUGAGGCUAUGUACGACUACCGCUGGUACAUCUCCCAUUACUGGCAGAUGUAA